AGACAUGAAUAUGUUUCAGCCACAACAGGGUGCGUUUCAGCUGGAAGAGUGAAAGGGCACCUUGAAAACUCAAGUUUAUGAAUAUGUUUCUGUACUUUCAGACCAUCAUCAAAGAGGGGAUGCUGACCAAACAGAACAAUUCAUUCCAGCGAUCAAAAAGGAGAUACUUUAAGCUUCGAGGACGAACGCUUUACUAUGCCAAAACGGCAAAGUCAAUCAUAUUUGAUGAGGUGGAUCUGUCAGAUGCCAGCGUGGCUGAAUCCAGUACCAAAAACGUCAACAACAGUUUUACGGUCAUAACUCCAUGCAGGAAGCUCAUCUUGUGUGCUGAUAACAGAAAAGAAAUGGAAGAUUGGAUUGCAGCAUUAAAGACUGUGCAGAACAGGGAGCACUUUGAGCCCACCCAGUACAGCAUGGACCACUUCUCAGGGAUGCACAAUUGGUACGCCUGUUCCCACGCGAGGCCGACCUACUGCAAUGUGUGCCGUGAGGCUCUGUCUGGGGUCACGUCGCAUGGGCUGUCCUGCGAGGUGUGCAAAUUUAAGGCCCACAAGCGCUGUGCUGUGCGUGCAACCAAUAACUGCAAGUGGACCACGCUGGCCUCCAUCGGGAAGGACAUCAUUGAAGAUGCAGAUGGGAUCGCAAUGCCCCACCAGUGGUUGGAAGGAAACCUACCUGUGAGCGCCAAGUGCACUGUGUGCGACAAGACCUGUGGCAGCGUGCUGCGCCUGCAGGACUGGCGCUGCCUCUGGUGCAAGGCCAUGGUUCACACAUCGUGUAAAGAAUCCUUGCUGACCAAGUGCCCACUUGGCCUAUGCAAAGUGUCAGUCAUCCCACCCACGGCUCUCAACAGCAUCGACUCUGAUGGGUUCUGGAAGGCCAGCUGUCCUCCGUCUUGCACAAGCCCACUGUUGGUCUUCGUCAAUUCAAAAAGUGGGGACAACCAGGGUGUGAAGUUCCUCAGAAGAUUCAAACAGCUGCUAAAUCCCGCCCAGGUCUUCGACCUCAUGAACGGAGGCCCACACCUCGGCUUACGGUUAUUCCAGAAGUUUGACACGUUCCGGAUUCUGGUUUGUGGUGGGGAUGGAAGUGUUGGCUGGGUCCUCUCUGAAAUCGACAGCCUCAACCUUCAUAAACAGUGUCAGCUGGGAGUGCUGCCGCUCGGCACGGGGAACGACUUGGCCCGAGUGCUGGGCUGGGGCUCAGCCUGCGAUGAUGACACCCAGCUCCCCCAGAUCUUGGAGAAGUUGGAGAGAGCCAGCACCAAGAUGCUGGACAGGUGGAGCGUCAUGGCAUACGAGGCCAAGCUCCCCCGACAGGCCUCCUCCUCCACCGUCACCGAAGACUUCAGCGAGGAUUCCGAGGUACAGCAGAUUCUCUUCUAUGAAGACUCGGUUGCAGCCCACCUUUCUAAAAUCCUUACCUCGGACCAGCACUCGGUGGUCAUCUCCUCGGCCAAAGUGCUCUGUGAGACGGUGAAGGACUUCGUGGCCCGGGUGGGGAAGGCCUAUGAGAAGACGACCGAGAGCUCGGAGGAGUCAGAGGUCAUGGCCAAGAAGUGCUCUGUCCUGAAAGAGAAGCUGGAUUCGCUUCUCAAGACCUUGGACGAUGAGUCCCAGGCCUCGUCCUCUCUGCCCAACCCACCCCCGACCAUUGCUGAGGAGGCUGAAGAUGGAGAUGGGUCGGGCAGCGUCUGUGGCUCCACCGGGGACCGCUUGGUGGCAUCAGCCUGCCCGGCCCGGCCGCAGAUAUUCCGGCCUCGAGAACAGCUCAUGCUGAGAGCCAACAGCCUGAAGAAAGCGAUUCGUCAGAUCAUAGAACACACAGAAAAAGCUGUCGAUGAGCAGAAUGCCCAGACCCAGGAGCAGGAGGGCUUCGUCCUGGGCCUCUCUGAGUCAGAGGAGAAGAUGGACCACAGAGUGUGCCCACCACUGUCCCACAGCGAGAGCUUCGGGGUCCCCAAGGGGAGGAGCCAGCGCAAAGUGUUGAAAUCUCCAUGUGAAAAGCUGAUCAGCAAAGGAAGUCUGUCCCUGGGCAGUUCUGCUUCCCUUCCACCCCAGCCGGGAAGCCGGGACGGCCUGCCUGCACUCAACACCAAGAUCCUGUACCCAAAUGUCCGGGCUGGAAUGUCUGGUUCCUUACCCGGUGGCUCAGUCAUCAGUCGCCUGUUAAUUAAUGCUGAUCCCUUUAACUCUGAACCAGAAACCCUAGAGUAUUACACAGAGAAAUGUGUCAUGAACAACUAUUUUGGCAUCGGCCUGGAUGCAAAGAUAUCCCUGGACUUUAAUAACAAGCGCGAUGAACACCCAGAGAAGUGCAGGAGCCGAACCAAGAACAUGAUGUGGUAUGGAGUUCUUGGAACCAAAGAGUUGCUGCACAGAACCUACAAGAACCUGGAACAAAAGGUCUUGCUGGAGUGUGACGGGCGACCCAUCCCACUCCCCAGUCUUCAGGGAAUUGCUGUCCUUAACAUUCCCAGCUAUGCCGGAGGAACCAACUUCUGGGGGGGAACCAAGGAAGAUGAUACUUUCACAGCUCCAUCAUUCGAUGACAAGAUUCUGGAGGUGGUCGCCGUGUUCGGCAGCAUGCAGAUGGCCGUCUCUCGAGUCAUCAGGCUGCAGCAUCAUCGGAUCGCCCAGUGUCGCACAGUGAAGAUCUCCAUCCUUGGGGAUGAGGGCGUGCCUGUGCAGGUGGACGGAGAGGCCUGGGUCCAGCCGCCAGGGUACAUUCGGAUUGUCCACAAGAACCGGGCACAGACACUGACCAGAGACAGGGCAUUUGAGAGCACCCUGAAGUCCUGGGAAGACAAGCAGAAGUGUGAGCUGCCCCGCCCUCCAUCCUGUGCCCUGCACCCGGAGAUGCUGUCCGAGGAGGAGGCCACCCAGAUGGACCAGUUUGGGCAGGCGGCGGGGGUCCUCAUUCACAGUAUCCGAGAAAUAGCUCAGUCUCAUCGGGACAUGGAGCAGGAACUGGCCCACGCCGUCAAUGCCAGCUCCAAGUCGAUGGACCGGGUGUAUGGCAAGCCCAGAACCACAGAGGGGCUGAACUGCAGCUUUGUCCUGGAAAUGGUGAAUAACUUCAGAGCUCUGCGCAGUGAGACGGAGCUGCUGCUGUCUGGGAAGAUGGCCCUGCAGCUGGAUCCGCCGCAGAAGGAGCAGCUGGGGAGUGCUCUUACCGAGAUGGACCGACAGCUCAGGAGGCUGGCAGACACCCCCUGGCUCUGCCAGUCUGCAGAGCCCGGCGAUGAAGAGAGCGUGAUGCUGGAUCUUGCCAAGCGCAGUCGCAGUGGUAAAUUCCGCCUCGUGACCAAGUUUAAAAAGGAGAAAAACAACAAGAACAAAGAAGCCCACAGUAACCUGGCAGCCCCGGUUCACCUCUGGGGGACAGAGGAGGUUGCUGCCUGGCUGGAGCACCUCAGUCUGUGUGAGUAUAAGGACAUCUUCACGCGGCACGACAUCCGGGGCUCUGAGCUCCUGCACCUGGAGCGGAGGGACCUCAAGGACCUGGGCGUGACCAAGGUGGGCCACAUGAAGAGGAUCCUGUGUGGCAUCAAGGAACUGAGCCGCAGCGCUCCCGCCGCCGAGGCCUAGCCUCUGCCCUCUCAGCCUGCGGCCUCCACAUCCCCGCCGCUGAGGCCUAGCCUCUGCCCUCUCAGCCUGUGGUCUCUGCGCCUCCUGCCACUGAGGCCCUGGGCGGACGCUGCAGCCCGCCCCCUUCUCAUGGUGCUACUUCCUCUGUCAGCUACAGAAAGCCUCCGUGACACCGUCCACCAGAGCUCUGGGGUCUCGAACAUAACAACACAGCUACCUUUGAAACAACACCUUCUCCAGCUCAGAGUCACCUGGAGCACAUGUGUUGCGGCCACUCAGUUCUUCCCCGCCUGUGUUGUGGGCCAGGGAAUCUGGCAGCGUUUGGCCUCCUGGGCACCCCUUGCCUGGCCACGUGCUUGGAUUGUCCAGGGGCUCCUCUCCCUGUGUCCUUCUGUGGCCACACUGUGUGGCUCCGCCUCCUGGCCCCCGUCCGGUUCUCGGAAACGUGGCUGCGGCCCAGCAGCCUGCAGGAGCGCGUUUGUUGAUGCAGCUUUUGUUGUUGAACAAAAAUGAUGCUCUUUCCUGGUUUGAAAGUAGCAUGGAUGUUUCCAGUCCUGUUGAUUGUAAUUUGACGUGAAAAGAAAAAUUUCUCCUGCGUGAGCCAAGGCAGCGAGUGCUGUUUCCUAGGCGGGGAGCCCCUCACUGGGUGUCGCAGGGCCUGCGUUCCUCCCUCCUCCCUCUCCCCUCUCCUCCUCCCCCACUGUGGCCUGGGGACGCCUGCCCUUCUGUCUCCAGAUGCUGUAGGCCUCAAGUUCAGCUUGGGGCUGUGAGUGAGACAGCUUGCCAGCUGCAUCCCCACAGACAGAGGAUGUGUGUCUACAUGAGUUCAGUGUUUCUGUGUGGGAAACGCUUCCUGGCUCUGGGAAACUCUUUCUGUCCAUUCUGUGGUUCCCAGGGAGCAUGGCCCUGGUGGGCAGGUGUGGUUUGACCUCUUCACGCCAUCCGGUGGCCUGGAGGCCAGAGGCUCUCUUAGUAUCGCUGCCCCUGCGGUGGCUUCUUGUCUCCUGCUACCUGAUGUCGCUGGAGGUGCUGGCGGGGACUCUGAUUUGAUGGUCCGCACUGCUCCUGCCCUGCCUCUGUCCUGGCUCUGAACUAGCAGAUGAUGGUGCCAGAGGGCAGGGAGCUCAGCUGGGGAGAGGGCUGUGCUCCGCAGGGGCAGUCUCCAGGUGGAGGACGCGCCUGGUCCUCCAGGGCACUGACUUUGCUCUUUUUUCCCCUUGAUAGUUAUGGCUCGCAGGGGCUCGUAAAUAUCUUGGGAAGAGGUUUCUGUAACCCCUGCCCUGGUGUGAGGAGGAAAUGGCUCUGGCCUGGCUGCCUGCCUGUAGCUCCACGCCCCAAAGAGAAGGACAGUGUUGGGAGUGU